AUGGAGGAGUUGGGUUCAGUAUGGACUACUACAUAUCAAGAGAGCACUGACGAGUUGAAGAAGGAGCUCAUGUACUCCAGUCUUGAACUAGAAUCAGUAAAGUGCAAAGUUACGGAGAGUCAAGAAAAUGUGUCAAACCUACUCAAUCUGUUAGAGGUUGCAUACCAAGAAAGAGACGAAGCUAGAAACCAGCUGAAGAAUAUCUUGACCACAAAAGCAAACUUGAGCUUAACUGAAUCCAACAGUCCCUCUUCUGUUGAUUCCUUAUUUGAUCAUGCAGUUUCUUCACCAGAGUUCGCAAACAUCAACAUGCCUAAUUCAAGCACCAUGGGUUUUGUUAAUGUGAUGAAGCAGCCUACUAUGGUUCAACAAUUUCAUCCGAACACUAGUAAUGUUACCAUGUCUGCCCAAACUGAUGAUCUAGCUUCUCAAAUAGUUGACGAUUUUGCUAAAGGAAAGACUUUACCUCAAAUAGGGAAACUCAUGCAAGCUGUGAAGGAAGCUGGUCCAUUGCUUCAGACGCUUCUUAUUGCCGGUCCUCCAUUGCCCCGGUGGCGAAACCCCCCUCCUCCAUUGCAGCAACCUUUUAAAAUCCCACCUGUUUCCAUGAUCAAUGGUUAUACUAGAAGCUUUAAUCAGAAACCAUUUGCAAAUUCAAAUCCCACCACUAGCAAUUACAAUGUGGCUCAGACAUCCUCAGCUGCCAAUGCCAUGAUGGGUUUCGACACUGGUUUUCCUCCUGCUGCUGUUUCAUGCUUCGACAACUCGAUGGUGGCUUCAAGUUCUGGUUUUGACCACCAAAUCCCGAUUGCCAAGCGGCGAAGGGUUCAAUGA